GAGGUGGAUUCCCAUCACAAACCAAGAUGGCGGCGGAGCGGACAGCCGGCUCGCGCACUGAAUGACUGACAGACCAGAAGCCUCGCGCGGUCGGACAGCUAACGGUUAAUCUCUGAGACAGAAACAUUGACUAUAAACAUAACCCGUACAGGUCACGUCAUCUUUUUUGAGUACCGACGGUGCAGUGAUGAAACAGCGCCGGUAGACGACACCGGGGUGUGUGAGAGGACUACAUUGCCGUCCAUAAGAAGCGGGGCAGCCGGCGGUAAUGGGAAAUGAUGGAAGACAAAGGCCCUCGUGUAGCCGACUACUUUGUGGUUGCCGGUCUGACAGACCCGUCCAAGCCGUUGGACCAGGAGAUCCACUUUGAUGACGUGUGCCACAAGUCGGCCAAGCCUAAGGCGCCCAUCACUGAUGUCGCCGUGGUGAUCCGCUCCAUGGGCGAGGAGACGCCGCCUGGGUUCACCUGCGUAGAGGAGACCCCAACAGGCCAUUCAGCUGAUCUGAACAAUGGCGGCCUCAUGGUGCCCCAGAUCUUCCUCUGCUACCGGAGAGGUCGCGACAAGCCACCCCUGACUGACCUGGGCGUGCUGUACGAGUGGAAGGAGCGCCUGAAGCCGGGCUGCCAGCUGAUCCAGACCACGCCCUCAGGUCGCCCCGCCAACAUCAGCGGAAACUCCUCCCAGCGCAUCUACGUCACCUACCGCCGGGCCCCUGAGAGCCAGCCACACAGCGCGCUGGCCCUCACCGACAUCUGCAUCAUUGUCCCGAGCAAGGGGGAGACGCCCCCCCACACCUUCUGCAAGGUGGAGAAGAACCUCAACAGCAGCAUGUGGGGCUCCUCUGUCUACCUGUGUUAUAAGAAGUCUGUGGCCAAAACCAACACAAUAGCCUACAAAGCAGGUUUAUUCAGCAGAUAUCCAGAGGAGGACUAUGAGUCAUUCCCUCUGCCAGAGUCUGUCCCUCUCUUCUGCCUUCCCAUGGGGGCCACGAUUGAGUGCUGGCCAGCAAACACCAAAUACUCCCUCCCCGUGUUCUCCACCUUUGUCCUCACCGGAUCCUCUGGAGAGAAG